ACAUCCAAUGAUGGGUGAGGCUUCCUGUAUAAAACCAACUCACAGCCUCAGCCUAACCAUCCGUGGGAGUAGUUUGGGUCCUGACUGCAGAAAUGGCAAAGAACGUCCUCAUCGUGUACGCCCAUCAGAGCUCCGGCUCGUUCAAUGCUGCGGCCAAAGACGCUGCCGUGGAGGUUCUGACUGCUCAGGGUUGCACGGUGCAAGUGUCUGACCUCUAUGCCAUGAAGUUCAAAGCCUCUGCCACCCCUGAGGACAUCAACGGUGAGGUCAAGAACCCUGAACACUUCCGUUAUGCUGAGGAGACCAAACUGGCGUGGGAGGAAGGAAAACUGUCCGCUGAUAUCGUGGAGGAGCAACGUAAACUCAGCCAGGCGGAUCUGGUCAUCUUUCAGUUCCCCAUGUACUGGUUCAGCCUUCCUGCUAUUCUGAAGGGCUGGAUGGACCGGGUGCUCACACUUGGAUAUGCCUACACUGAUGAAAGGAGAUACAGCCAGGGGCUCUUCAAGGACAAGAAGGUUGUGCUGUCUUUCACCACCGGCUCCCUGGAGUCCAUGUUCAGCGCUGAUGGCAUCAACGGAGACAUGAACGUCACCCUGUGGCCGCUUCAGAACGGCAUCCUGCACUACUGCGGCUUCCAAGUGCUGGCGCCUCAGAUCUUCUGGGCUCCGUCUCGUGUCCCCAAAGAGGCUUGCGCCACCAUGCUGGAGGCCUGGCGUGCACGACUUCAAGGUCUCCUGGAGGAGGCCCCGCUGGCCUUCACUCCCAUGGACUCCUUUGACGGAGACAAGGGCUUCCAGCUGAAGCCCGAGGUCCAGGAGAAACAUGCAAACCAGGAGUUUGGCCUCACUGUGGGAACCCACCUGGGGAAGCGGGUGCCACCCAGCCAGAUGAGGGCUGGAGUUUGAACUUUGGUGUCCUGUCUCUACUGAAUAAAAACAGCCUCCCAAGACUA